AAAGAGAGACGAAGAGAGAAGCUUAAGGAAACGGAGUGUGUUUAUUUUGACUUGGCUUCCAAUCUCAACCCAACUCGGAGAGGGCAAGAAGAGGAAGAGAAAGAGAGGAAAGAAGGGAGGAAGGGAGAGACCGAGGGGGGCAAAGUGUGCCUUUUUUUUUUGGAGAGACAAUCGUGUCGGGAAAAGAGGAGAGGAAGCGAAAGAGAGGAAAGAAAGGAGAGGCGGAGGGAGGCCAGCGCGCCCUUGCCUUGGCUUCCAAUCCCAACCCAACUUGGAGAGUGUGAGAAGAGGAAGAGGAAAAGCAGGGAGAGGGGAGGAAGGGAGAGGCUGGGGGGCCUCCCUCGCCCUUCUUGGCCUUCUUGGAUCCCGGGGCGAAGGGCAGGCUGGGCGUCGAUGACCGCGGGUCCCUCCCGGGCGGCGCUUUCCUCUCCUCUUCCUCCUUCUUUCCCGAUGUCGGAGAAGGCGCCCCUUCCUCCGCCGGCGCCCAUGGACCCGUCCCCUUCCUCGGCCUCCUCGGCGCCCGGCAACAGCACUAGCGGCAGCGGCGGCGGCACGGGCUCCUCCUCGGGUUCGGGCUCGGUCUCGAAAGGCGGCAAGAAGAGCUCGGCGGGGAUCCGCCGCCCGGAGAAGCCGCCCUACUCGUACAUCGCGCUGAUCGUGAUGGCCAUCCAGAGCUCUCCGGCCAAGCGGCUGACGCUGAGCGAGAUCUACCAGUUCCUCCAGGCGCGCUUCCCCUUCUUCCGCGGCGCCUACCAGGGCUGGAAGAACUCCGUCCGGCACAACCUGUCUCUCAACGAGUGCUUCAUCAAGCUGCCCAAGGGGCUGGGCCGGCCCGGCAAGGGCCACUACUGGACCAUCGACCCGGCCUCGGAGUUCAUGUUCGAGGAAGGCUCCUUCCGGAGGCGCCCGCGGGGCUUCAGGAGGAAGUGCCAGGCUCUCAAGCCCAGCGUCUAUGGCAUGAUGAACCUCAACUUCAACCACCUGCCGGACACCUACGCCUUCCAAGGGGGGCCCUGCGCCCCCAACGCCCUCGCCGGCCUCGACGGCGCCGCCCUGGGCAUGAUGAACGUGGAGAGCAUGGGCCUGGCCCCACACCUGCCCUCCAACCCCGGGCACCACGCUUACAUGUCCGGGGGAGGAGGGGGCGGCCCGGGGGAGGACUACGGCGUCCACCACCACCACCACCACAACGGCGGCCUGCCCGCCUCGCCUCUCCUGUCGGGACACGGCAACGGGAACGGGAACACAGGCGCCGCGCUGGAAGCCUCCCACUCGGUCUACUCCACCGCCCCUCCUCCGGCCUGGGGACCCUCAACCGGGCCCGGGCUCAACGGUAGCCCCGCUUCCUACCUCAAGCAGCCUUCUCUUUCACCCUGCAACGCCAACGCUAACACCGGAGGAGGAGGAAACCCUUUGGCCGCGGGGCUCCCCGCACACGCCUUGGAGCAGCCUUACCUCCACCAGAACAGCCACAACCCCGCCGAACUACAAGGCAUCCGGUACCAUUCCCAAUCACCCAGCAUGUGUGACCGGAAAGAGUUUGUCUUCUCCAUCAACGCCAUGGCCUCCUCUUCCAUGCAUUCUGGAGGCAGCGGCUCCUAUUACCACCAGCAAGUGACAUAUCAAGACAUCAAGCCUUGCGUGAUGUGACGGCAGGAUUGGGAGCAGCCAAGUCUCCAAUGACCAAAGAGAAGACCAUGCAAGACUGGGGGACUUCUUGCAACUUUCUUGGAAGGACCUCCAAAGAGGAGAGAGAUUGAGGUAUAUAAAUAUUUGAGGUGUUUACGGAAAGGAACGUUGUGGACAAAGUCACUAGAGGACCAAGGACGGAUGGUGCAGGCCGGAAUGCUAAAGUUCUCCUCUAUUCUUAAGCAUGGACCUCCGUAUCCAUCCAGAAUUGUGAUCUGGUGAUACUUCCAAGAACUAUUUCGGGGUGUUUCCUUACUUUCCAGAGGCAUCCAACUCAAUGUGUAUAUAUUUUUUUGCAAUUUUAAAUACUCCUUGAACAAACCAACUCAAUGGAUUUUAGAUCUGAGAGACAAAGAUUUGCUGAAGAAAGAAGGAACAAACAAGUCACCCUGGGUUUCAAGAAAUGUCAUUCAAAGACAUUGGUUUCGGGGGGGUAUCCUGUCAUGUUUGGGAGUGAACAAAAACUAUGCAUAUAUUUUACCUCUGGUUCAGGGCAAUGAAGGAAUCUCUCCCAAUAUUUUGUUCUCCAAAUUGCCAUUGGGUUGAAAAGUGGAAUGAAACACACCAAACACAUAUAGGACGUGGGACCAAUAUAUUGAGUAGCAAAGUCCUUCCAUGAAGUUUCCUCCACCCCGCUUUCCAAUUUGACUCUAUUGUGUCUUAACUAUAAAUAGUAAAGUACCAAAAUGACAAAGAGAAGCACUUUGAGAAAGAAAGGUGACGCUAAAAGACUAACAAGGCUCACGCUCUUAUUUAUUCAAACUUUCUUAAUAAAACCCAACAGCAGCCUUGGUCAAAGAAGUCAGUAUUAAAGCAGUGGGCGUGUCGGCAUUGCAAAGGUCCGACGGGGAGGCAAAGCAGUUUCCCCUAUGUUUGAUAUAUAUAAUGAUGAUACAUAUAAAUAUAUAAAUACUAUAAAUAUGAUAAAUGAAGGAUGUUUCUUUCCCUUCCCCAACUUCUCUUCCCCGCUCCCUCCCUCUUUCGACCUGACUGUACAGUUUGUCCAACACUCCUCUUUUAAAACUCCCUUCUGCACUGUAUACAAAGUGUAAUGAUAGCCAAAGAGGUCUAGGCUCCCUGUUGUUGUGUACGUUUGCCCUCUUUUUCGUUUUUGUUUUUACAAAAAAAUGGAAUGCAAUUUUAUUAAAAAUGUACACGACCUUCACAAAUUGUAUAAACUGUCAAUAAACCAGUGUGUGGCAUAGUAA